UCAGCAGUGGUGUCACUUUUCCGAUCAUCUUUUACAGUUUAUGUUCAGAAUCAGGAAGUUCCUAUUUAUUCUCUGUGCAUUAUUUGGCCUGAGAUGAAAAUUUCAGCUGAUUUUCAAACCAAGACAAACCCAGAAAAGCUGAAAAACAUCAAGUUUUACAGCAACCUUCUAAAUUGUUUUCUCCUACUUAUGAAAUACAAUCCAUGAGCAUAAAUAUUGCACAGAUAUUUUUUGACUCCUCCAUUAGAUUUAGGCACAACAAUGACAGGGUUUCGACUAAAAUAGAGAACCUUGCUUGUAAAGGUGACUCAAAGGCUGUUGUUCAAAGUCCAGUGUCUUCUUUACCCAUCCAUCCACCCCCACCUCCUCCCUUAAUAUACUCAAAGGCAGAACUAUGUGAAGAAAAUUCUUCUGGAAUACCACUUGCUCAAAACAACACUCGGAGUUGUCUCUCAAGUCAAAGCGAAUGUUUUACCUGUGCAAGGAAUCAACGUGCACAAUCUGAACAAGUGAGUGGCAAUGCAAAGAAACAGUUAAGCUUUUAUACAAGCACAUAAACAAGUUGCAGUGGUAUUAUCAGUUUCUUAGCAGCCAGUUUCAACUGCCUUGCAAGACCUACUUUUUAUAUUUUCUUGGCUAACGUUAAUCAUAGAAAUUUACUGAGUACAUUGGGUUAUAUGAGUUCACAGUCAUACAGUUGUACAGUAGUUUGAAAUCCUAAAGAGUAUUUAAUCAUAACAUUAUUAGAAUUAUAUAACAAACUACAUCAAAUCUUAAAAAAAAAAAAAAAAAAAUAUGUGGAAGUGUCAAAAUCUGCAGUUCCUCAAAUGUCCACUUGAGGCUGCCUCCAAAAGCGAUUCAAUCCCCACAGACCCUCAUAGUAAGAUGUCCAACUUUGCAGCAUAAAUACACAUAUUUACAGAAUGUGGCUGGACACUUAUUAUAGAUGGGAAUAUUUUUAUGCAAACACGAAGUAAAAAUUCAAGUUGUUUUUGUCAUAGAAGGGGGGUUACAGUCUAGAUUUUCCACCAAUUACAAUCUAGUGACUAUUUAGUACAUUAAAUAAGAACAGUUAAUUGUUUUUGUGGAAAACCUCUGAUAUAUCUUAUAGUAUAGACAUGAGACUGAAACAACAGUGAUUUAUGCAUUUUUUGGAGCUACAAUCACAAAGAUCCCUUUAAGGGGUGCAGCAAAUACUUAUUUCCACCACUGAUUAUUCACCACAUAAUUAAUUGAUUGCGGCAUUUUUCACCAUUUCCUGGCAUUUUAUUGACCAAAUAAAUAAAAUACCAGGAAAUUAUAAAAGAUACCCCAAAGUCCAAUAUGAUAAAUGUAUCAUUUUGUCCACAACCCAAAGAUAUUCAGUUUACUGUCUUAGAAGAAGAAAGAAAUGAGAAAAUAGUCACACUUCGACUCAGAAGAAUUCUUUCCUUCUCUUAAAAAUUCCUCUCAACUAACCAAUUUGUGGUUUGUGUUCUACUUAGCUGAAACUGCAUUUUAUAGAGCAUAUUUCUAAAGAAAACUGUGAUUCAGAAUUACAUACAAUCAAUUUAAUAACAGUCAGUGUUGUAAUUUAUUACAACAUGAUGAAACAAGGAAAAGCUAUUGAUACUAUUUGACUGAUAAUUACUGGAUGCUGAUGAAGGACUUUUUCAGCCGUCCAGGCUCGUUGCGCAACACUCAGUUUCCCCAUUUACUGCCAGUGUAGGGCUUAUCCUUAAUUACAUGCACACUGUGGGAUUCCCAAUUAAGCUGAAUCAGGAUGCAGGGCUCGGUUAAAGAGGACGGCUGCUUAGAUGGACCACCGAGGACGAAAAGAGACAAGUUUGAACAUGAACUGGUCUUGUGACAGCAGCAGGGUCCAGAAGCCCCCCGACCAAUUAUAUCUGUUCCUCUAGUUGUCCACCACACAAAAACUGACAAACAGAGUCACUGAUUAGAAUCUAUUUACUGAAAUUAGAAUUUUUUACAUAAGACAAAAGCGCUUCAGGUAAGCACACUUAAAUGGCAAAGUGUUUUAUAUACACCAGUACAUAGUUACAUACUCUUGUAACACCAAAACAAUCAUGCAUUUUGGUUCUUUCAUAGGCUUAUUACAGGAUUUCUAGAGAUAUGAUAAAACCUACUUGAUCAAAUAUGUACAUACAGCAAUGCCAAUAUAAAUGUUCUUUGGCCAUUUUCAUCUCAUUCAGGUGCUUUUAGAGGCCACCCACAAGCUUCUGUUCUAUCUUUGACCCUCCUCUCCAUAUAAUUAGUACAGUUUAACUAAAGUUAUUGUCUUUCUGAUACAGACUUGUUUCUUCAUCACAGUCCACAGGUUCUUGAUAGUGUUUAAGUCAGGACUUUGAAGAGGCUAGUCUAAAACCUUAAUUCUAGCCUGAUUUAGUCAUCUAUUUAUGACUUUUGAUGUGUGUUUGGGGUCGCUGUCUUGUUGAAACACCCAACUGUGUCCAAGAUCAACCUUCUGGCUGAUGAACUUAGGUUUUUCUGAAGAAUGUGAAUCUUCCUUCUUCAUUAGUCCUUUUGCAUUGUUCAAAGCAGCAGUUCCACUGGCAGCAAAACAGAACAUAAUACUGGCACCAGCAUGCUUGAUGGUACGUUUGAUGUUCUUGGGGUUAAAGGCUUCACCUUCUCUCCUCCAAGCAUAUUUCUGGUUACUGUGGCCAAAUAGCUCAAUUUUUGUUUCAUCGGACCACAGAACUUUUUUCUAGAGGAUCUUUUCUUUGUCUAUGUGAUCAGCAGCAAACUUCAGUGGAGCUUUAGGGUUCUGCUUCGAGAGGAAGGAGGCAGCUUCUAAUUCAUUGCAGACCUGCUUUUUGGUGAUUUUUGGUUGACUUCAGGACACCAUCCUGACCAACUGUCUCUCAGCAGUAGAUGAUAGUUUGUGUUUUCUUCCUGAUCAGUGACACAACUGUACCAUGCACUUAAUACUUAUAAACAGUUGCUUGCACAGAUGAUUUGGGACCUGAAAUGUUUAAAAUGGCUCCAAGUGACUUUUCUGACUUGUUUCAAUGAUUUUUUUCAGAUCUUUGUCAAACUCCUCCUUCUUCCCCACUGUAUUUUUUGCAGCUGAGUCUAGUGAGUUUAUCAAAUGGACCCUAAUUAAAUUGACGCAAAGGAAUCACCAGCUGUAGUCAAUCAUGUUCACUCACAAGAAGUUAAGAGGCCAUUAAAAACAUUUGAUUAACACAACUUUCUACAUUAUUUACUACACUAUUAAAGUUUGAUAUUACAUUUAGAUUGCAACAACUCAGAAAUUAGACACAUUUUAUUUAUCCUCUUGGGAACAUUCAAGAAACAUGUGCCGCCCGGGAAUCGAACCCAGGUCACAAGAAUGGGAAUCUUGCAUGAUACCACUACACCAGCGGCACUGUUGCAAAACAUUCUUUUUAAAGAUUAAAAAUCCAGAAAUAUGUUCACAGUUUCACAAUUCACAACACAAUCUGCAGUUUUAAACAGUUUUAAAUGACAAAUACAAAGUGGAAAACAUAAAGUCAAAGGUCAUAAAUCAACUCCUGUUUUAAUUGAGUUGGUUGAUGCUGACCAGCGGAAAAAACAAGUCACUGCUUUAAGUCAGACUCUGUUCUGGUCUCAAGAUGAAGCUUUGAAAAGCUCAGAGGUAAAACUUUAAUGACUCCCAGCCUUCAGUGUUUCCAGCAGCCUCUUGUUUUUCCCUCUAUAAUGAGCCAAUCACUGAUUCAGAUUCGUGCCAUCUUUGAGAACUUGAUAACGAGAUCAGUGAUGCAGAAAAGCUGGAAGAGACAAGACACAAUACAACCUUUGCUUGAUUCUGGAAAGUUCUAUCUCUACUGAGGUCUUUGGCAAGAACACAGAAACGCCGGAUUUCCAUCUAACUUUUAACAAUGGCUGAUGCUACUGUCAACCUCUUGAGUUUGAGGAUUGUUAUUUCUUGCCUAGGGCUUGUGGGUAACGUAUUUCUUAUCCUGUCCAUCCUUCAGACCAGAUUCUCCCGAGUUAAAUCCUUUGAGCUGUUUCUCCUGGGACUGGCUGCAGCAAACUUGGAGGAAAUAAUCAUUAUAAAUAUCUAUGACGUUACCAUCCUUCAGAUGUCCUUGCCUUCCUCUGGAACGUGGUCGUGUCGCCUGCUGAGGUUCAUGACUGUGUUCGGUGAGAUCAACAGCAUCCUCUUCACCGUCCUCAUCAGCAUCUUCCGCUAUCAGAAGCUGAGAGACGCCGACAGGAGGGUGAACCUCCCGAUAUACCUGGACAGUGUCCGAUCGGCCUGGAUGAUGAGCGGGGUUUGUGUGCUGCUCUCGGUGCUGCUCGGCCUCCCCACGUUCGUCCUGGACCUUCAAGACUCGGUGGUUAACAUCAGCAGAAACAGCAGCGGUUGUCCUCCAGACUUCUUCCAGUGCAGCCAGACUUCCUGCCCCCUCCUCAACCGAUUGUACAAGUACCUGUUCACCAUGAUGUGCUACCUGCUGCCCCUGAUCAUCGUCACGGUGACUGGCUGCCUCAUCCUCACGGUGCUGCUGAGGAGGAGGAAGACGGUGACUCCGGCGGUGAGCAUUAGCUGGUCAAACCAUCUCAAUAGGAAGAGUAAGGAUCCAAAGCUCCAGCGAAGCACCAUCGUUGUUCUGGCAGCCAUGGUGCUGUUCCAGGUGGAGUGGACUCUGUACCUGGUCUUCCAGUGGAUGUUUAGCUCAGGUGACUCUCAUUUUUGGGCUGAAGUUGAGUUCUUUAUCUCGACUUCCUACACAUCCAUCUGUCCGUAUGUGUACGGGGUUGGAAAUAACCUGUUCUCCCUCAAAAACUGUAAAAACAAAUGAUUUUUGUGCUUAAGCAGAAGAAAAUUCCAGUCCAAAUAAAGAUACUUUCUGUGAUUACAUGUUAUAAACUGACAACUGUAUUAAGUUGCUUCAGAUUUCAGUAAUCCCUCUUUUAUCAAAAACAUAUUUCAGCAUUUUGUUGCAAUUUUAGACCUUUUUUUUAACAACAAAUAUGAAAAUUAAAACACUGCUUUGAUACAUUGUUUGCCUUUGAAUGCCAGUGCUUUUAACAAAAAGUAAUUUUCAGUCCUAUUUUUAACAUAUAUUCAUAUUUUUUCCAAUCAGGUUUUGAAUUUGAAUGCCAACAGCACAGGAUUGUCAUUCUUUCGGCUGAACAACAAAAUUCUUCACUCAUGCAGAUGCCUUCUGAGCAGCCUUGCAAUACGGACAAUAAGGAGGAGUGUAUGUGGUGCAGAGAAAUCUAAAAUGAAAGUCACAAACUGACUCAUUCUUUCAAUGUGACUCUACACAUGGCAGCCAUAUCUGUGCAUGAUCACUACAGCGUUUUGCACAAACCAGCACGACCUGUAUUUACAGCACAAUAGUAAGUGGGGAAAAGCAGCAGUUCUGUUCCCUAAAACAUCUCACUUUCAGAAGCAGCACAGUUUAAGUCGGCCCAUUUAGAAUGUCAACACAUAAUUUGAUUAUGGUAUGAUAUGAGGGCAGCUUGGUUUGGCUGUGUAGCAUCAGUGAAAGUGAAAGUUAUUAUAGAAAGGUCACAUAUCAGUCAUGGUAGCCUUUUUAAUCUAACUUUUCUAACAAUUUUCUUAGGUUUAUUUCAUAAUGUAUCACUGCUGAUAAGAGAUU